ACAAAGAAAACAAAAACAAACAAGCCAACAAACCACCUCUUUUCAUCUUCUUCCUCCCCUCUUGGUUUUUCUUCAUUGAUUCAUCAACAUUAGCUAUGGUGACAACCUUACUUUUGCUUGCUCUUCUUUUCAUCGUCGGUUACCUUAACAUUUACUUUGCUUUUACUCCCAAUAAAUUUUAUGUUUGGCUUCAAUCCAACACCUGUUCUUCAUCAUCUUGUGUAAAUUCAAAAACAACCCAGACAGUAUCGAUUAUGGAACGGAGUGAUCCCAAGAAACUAGAGCUGAAAAGGGUAUUCGCCACCUUCGACAAAAACGGCGACGGAUUCAUAACGAAGCAAGAGCUAAGAGAAUCAUUGAUGGCCAUCAACUUUUUUUUAACGGAGAAAGAGGUGGAAGAAAUAGUGAUGAACCUCGAUUCAAACGGGGACGGGUUGAUCGAUUUCGACGAGUUUUGGGCCCUGUGUAUAGCCAUCGACGACGGUGAUUUCGGAAAUAACGGCGGCGAGGAAAGUAAAAGACCGGGGGAAGAAGGGAAUGCAUACGAAGGUGAAAUGUUAAAAGAAGCUUUCGAUGUGUUCGAUAGAGACAAAGAUGGGUUGAUCACCGUCGAGGAAUUGGGAUCGGUGUUGAGUUCUUUGGGGUUGAAAGAAGGACACCAGGUCGAAGAUUGCAGAGAGAUGAUUCGAAAAGUUGAUGUCAAUGGUGAUGGGAUGGUCGAUUUCGAUGAAUUCAGGACGAUGAUGAAAAAUGGCGGACGAUUAGCUUCCAUAGCAGCUUUUUGAUCUGAAAUCUGAUCGAUCCAUCGAUCUACAGGUGUUUUAUUUUCAAUCUAUAUGUUGGAUUUGUUUCUUUCUAAUUGCCAUUUUCAAACUUCUUCAUUUUUCAAUCAUUAUUGUAACCUUUACAACACAACACUAAACAAUGAAAUUGAAUUCAACUUCAUUUUGGAAUUGUAUUUUGAUGUUCUCUACAUGUAUAUUUUCAACUUUAUUGUGUACCCAUCCGUUUUGUAUUUGUAAAGCC